AUGAAAAUAACUAUAAAGUGAAUAUGCGCUUUAUCUCUAUUGGUCUUGGCCUCUGCAAGUCAGAAAACAAUGCAGCCAGAGAUGAAGAAUAAUGGAUUGGCAUUUUUAGAAGAGGAAGAAGAAGAGGAUAGCCAAGAUUUGGUCGACUCAGGAUACACAGGAAGUUCUGUAAGUACAGAUGAAGGAGAUGAAUAUGAUGAAUAUUAUGAAAAUGAUGAAGAUUAUGACGAGGAAGAAUAUGAAUAUCAAGAUGUCGAAAGGGCUGACUAUAGCGAAUAUGAUAUAAUUUAUACACCAUAAUAGAUCUCUAUAUCCCAGCAGAAUACUGAUCAGAAAAAAUAUGGCCAGAACACUUUUUUAUACAAUCUAAGUCUGAUUUAGCAUCUUUAAAACAAUAAAUGGAGAUUUAUCAUUUUCGUUUUUACUUUUCAAAAAAAGUGACAAGUAUAAAUUAAUUUUAAAAAUUAAGAUGGUUGUCAAUAAUGGUCUAUAAAAUUUCAGGGGAUAUAGUGAUUAUAGUGCUACUUAUACAGCGACAGAUGAGGAUGAGGAAAAUAAUGAUGGUGAAGAGGAGGAAAGUGGAGAUUUAAGUGAAAAUAAUGAAGAAGAGGAAAGUGGAGACGAAGAAGAUAGCAGUGAGGAUGUAGAUGGUGAUACGGAAGAAGAUAUAAUUAUAAAAUGGUGUUGACAGAAUAAGUUCUCUAUGAGAACUUUCCACUCUCAAGUAAUUUUAUUAUUAUCAGCUAGGCCUAAAGCAUUGAGUAGAGGGUUGGCCCUUGAAUUUUAGGAGGCAUAGGUUUGGCUGCUUCAUACUCCUAGAGGUUAUCACUUAGUCAGAACACAUGUAGGAGUUAAUUAAGAGCGAAAUAGCGCGUCACAUGAGGUUGUGGAAAGAUUAAUAGCUUCCAAUAUAAAGGGAGAGGAGAAGAUAGCUAGUGAUGUCACGAGAGCUAAAAGUGCAAGCUGCAAUUAAACCGUAAUGCAGAAUCUAUCUUUAAAUAUUAAAUUACUUUAGUAAGAAGGUAUAAGUGAGGGUAGUGAUGAAACUGAAGAAGUAGAUGAAGAAGAAAAUGAUUAUGAUGAAGAUAUAGAUGAAUGAGAUGAAAAUUCAGAUAGUGAUAUUGAUGAAAGUGAAGAAUACUACUCAGAAGAGGGCGAUUAUUCUGAAAGUAACGAAGAUGGAGAGAGAGAGAAAUCUUUAUUACUUAAAGGCCUUUAUUUCAGGGCCAUGUCCCGAUUAAAAAUUUUUUAACUUUCUUCUUUUCCUAAAAUCUUUGGAUAAAAUUUUAGUAAAAUUUUCUGAACCCACGUAAUCCGCGAUUUUUUCGAUUUCUGAGUCUGAUAUGAAUUUUCUAUAUCUGAUGAAAUUUGAAUCUGAUCUAAAUUUUAUUUUCCUGAUAAUGUUUGAUUCUGAUAUCAAUUUUAUUUUUCUGAUAAAAUUUGAAUCUGAUCUAAUUUUUAUUUUUCUGGUGUUCAGGAUUUUCUUAUCGAUUGUCUCUUAUCAUCAAUGAUCACCUCAGUCUUCCUAUAUUUUGAAGGUUUCCUGAAUAGGAUCUAUUUCAUCUAGUAUUUUUCCAUCUAAACGACUUAAAAACUCCAAUAUUUUGUCAUCUGUAUCAACAUUUUCUGCAUCACUAUCAUUUCAUUCAUACUCUGAUUCAGAAUUAUCAAGUAAUCCUGUAUCAAUAAGUUCAUUUAAUAGUAAAAAGUUCGAAAAAUUCAUCCUGUAAAGCUCCGUUUUCUUCACAAAAAGAAGAAGAAUAGGGAAACAUUACUUUCCGAAUCUUCCAUUAAAAUAAAAGUACGAAGAUGGAGAAGAGCUAGAAGACUAUUCAAGUGAAAACUUAGAUUACAGUGAUGCUGAUGAAAGUCAAUACUCAGAUACUGACUCUGAUGAAGAUUUAGAGGAAGAUUAUGAUGAAGACGCCAGCGAGAGCUAUGAAAUUGAUGAAAGUACUGAUGAAAUUGAAGAUUCAGAAUAUGAUCUUGAAGACUAUUCAGAAAGUGACAGUGAUGAGGAUGAAAACUACUCAGACUAUGACGAAACAGAUGUAAGCUAUGAAGAUGAAUCUGAAGAUUUAGAGGACUAUGCAAGCACAACUUCGGAGGAAAGCGAAGAAGUUGAUGAAGAUGAAGAGACAGAUGAAACUAGUGAAGAUACUAGCAGCGAGGAUAGCUCAGCAAAUGAUGAAGAUACAAGCGACGCAACAGAAGUUACUAUUGAAGAAGAAAGCAGUAUAACAGUCUCAGAAGAGGAAAAUAGUGAUAGUGAGGGGACUAGCAAUGAUGAAAGUUCAACUGAAGUAGAAAGUGAAUCAACGGAAACAGAUACUGGAGGAGAAAAUGGUACAGAAGAGGCUGAUGGAGAAGAAGCAGAUAGUAGCGAAGAUGAGGCGGCAGAUGAAGAUACUGGUAGUGAGGAAAGCGAAGAAGAAAGCGAAGAAGAAAGUGAAGAAGAAAGUAAAGAAGAAAGUAAAGAAGAAAGUGAAGAAGAAAGUGAAGAAGAAAGUGAAGAAGAAAGUGAAGAAGAUAGCGAAGAAGAAAGUAAUGAGGAAAGUGAAGAAGAAAGUGAAGAAGAGACAGAAAACUCUGAUGAGUCAUCAAGUGAUGAGGAUACAAGUGAAGAAGACAACAGUGAAAGUGACUCAGAAGUCCAAGACUCAACUGAAGAAGCCUCUGAGGUGGAAGAAAACGAAAAUUCCAGUGAGUCCGCAAGUGACGUUACUGAUGAAUCAAGCGAGUCAACCGAAACUCAAGUCACAGAAUAA